AAGCAAUGCGAGCAGCAGAUUUGUCAGUAUGACAAUGCUUUAGGAAUGAACGAUGUCGUAGACGCAACAGUAGCCAUAGUCUUGUGUCAUUCACGCUAUUUAAUAAUGCAAUUUUGACACGAACUAAGUCCAGACCCUUUCGGUUUCAAAACGUCAGCAACUUGACAGCUUGUGCGUUGGUGCCGUGCCUCCUUCUGGUUUCGAACCAGUUUUUCGUCUCCAGAGCUAUUCGUUUCGAAUCUUGAUACCUGUUUGCAAAUCAACAGAAGACUUGAAAACAUUUCAGGGAAUUUUUAACAUGGCAGAUGUUCAUCUUGCUGGGGCGACUCUGCUCUUGGCCCUACUGCGAAUCUGUGCAGACACCCAGGCAUUAUCAUUUCUUCAAGACGUUUACGUUUCCAAGUUCGGAAAUGACUCUGCAAGUUGCGGCUCUCGCCAUGACCCAUGCCAAUCAAUAGAUCAAGCAGUUAUUCAUGUGAAUUGGGGAGGAAGGAUCCUCUUGAACGGAACAGGCACCGAACAGCAUCCCUAUGGCUGUGUUGGCGACAAUCAUCCGGGUAUUACUGUAAACAAAACUUUAACAAUGGCAGGCUUGUACCACACUCCUCAUGUUUCUUGUGAUGAUGGCAUUCGCUUUCGAAAUUCCCAUGAUGAGCUGCAGAUUGAAUUAUUACGGAUAGUAUUUCGGCAAACACCUCUGACAUUUGACGAUUGCCUUCAUGUGAAGGUAUCCAACUGCACUUUCCAAAACGCAUCAACGGCUUUUGACAUGCAAAUUCAAAAAAGGAGAAGUUGUCAGAUUGAUAUUCAAAGCUCGAUGUUCUUUUAUAAUAGCCCAUUCUGCAUUAAACUCCUGUUACUAAGUAAAAAUACAAGCCAGAGUCUUGAUGUCGCGAUGAGAGUCUUCGACACCAAAUUUGUGGAAAACGGAGUACUUGACAGACAGCCAAUUGAUGGAGGAGUGGUGGUGAUAACAUCUAAAGGCGAAACGGUUUCCAACGACACGCAUAUUCAUACCUUCUUCGAGAAAGUCUCUUGCAAGAGGAAUCGUGGCCCUUUCAUAACUCUCAAUGUAUCAAAAGCAGUCACGGAUGAGAUGUACAAAGACGUUUAUCUCAAACACAAUACGAUGCCUUCCUCAGGCAAAAUGUCAGACUUCCUCGUCGUAAACAGCUUGUAUCGCUCAGUUACUAAAGAAACGCAUGCAAAGUUCAUCAGCUUUCAAUGUGUGCAAAACGCUAUGCUCCGAUGCAUUGGAAUUCAGUCUGACAAAGCUGAUGUCGACAUUCGAGAAUCUACCUUCGUCGGACAUAAUUUGACGAGAGAAGCAGGUGCUUCCUUACGUCUAGAGGUAAAACUUAAUGCUUCGUUGAAAGUUUUGAACACCAAUUUCACCAACAACAAGGCAAGCGAGGGUGGUGCUGUAUUUGCCAAUAGUCCCCAUGGAACUUUAAAUAUAAACUUCAGCUACUCCAAUUUUACAGGGUGCAGCGCAAUCAAGAGCGGUCGUGGGUGCGCAAUAUCAGUUGGAAAACCCCCUAAGCAUGGCAACUCGUCCUGUCCAUCCAAGUUGAAUUUUACAAUGCGCAAAGUAAUAUUUAGCAACUGUCACGGUCAUUUUCACAGAUGCGUUACUGUCUUCAUUCGAUUUAAUAGUGGAAAAGUGGAAAUAAAGGAGUCUAAGUGGGUGAACAAUUUGCGUAAGACGAGUGGCGCCCUGCAUGUAUUUUCCGAAACUGCAGAAAGUGAGGCAAAUGUAACUAUUUCAAGAUCGUCCUUUACAGAUAAUGUGGGAAGCACUAUAUCAAUAUCAGCUACAAAUGCAAACGUGGGAAACGCAACUCUUGUGGACAAUUUGAUUGCUAACUAUAAAAAUAAGCAAAAAGCCGCCUUGACGAUUAAUCCUCACUAUCAAAUUAAAAUAGAGAACAUUACAGUGACCAAUUUUCGUUACGGACUAAAAUCACUUGGAGGACGCUGGAGACAUGAAGCUUUUCCAUUUAAUAUCGCUGUUUUUAAUUGCACUUUGAUAAAUAAUAUUUAUGACAUGUUAUUGACUUUCCAUGAUCCCACGUCGAUCCAGCUGAUGAUCAAGAACACAAUUUUCACCAGCAAUGAAAUCAGAGAAAAAAGCUACGCAAUACGUUUGCACAUUCCACCAUUAAGAAAUGCCAAUUCGUCUGAUGCAUUUAUAGAACUGGAAAACAAUACUUUUGACCGCAGACCAUCGAGCAGUUUUGCUCUUUUCUUCCGAGGUAAUAAAACCUUGUCGAUUCGGCGUUCGAUAUUUAGAAAUUGCAUUUGUUUUUACCGAGAAAAGUGGUCAUUGUCUGCCAACGGAUCUUUCUACGAGACAGCUACCGGCGCGCUAUCAAUUCUAACCAACCCUGAUAAAUUACUGCAAUCAGGCUGUGUUCGCCCUGACGUCAAAAAGAACAUCCAUCCUUUGUGGACGUACCGCAGUCAUGUUCUUAUCGAGGAUACUAUAUUUCAGGAGAACGCAGGAUUGGUCGCCGGUGGCGUAUACAUCAGUAACGGUUACACAAAGUUUGAAAGAUGCGCUUUUCAAGAUAAUUUCGGCAUUGAACAAACUGGUCAUGUCUACUCCGCAUAUGGAACUGGUCAAUUUCAUUUCAAAGAUUGUUCAUUCUCCACGACAAAACCAAAUGUGACGAUAUUGCACAAUACUACUUUUAAUAAAGCCACCUUCUUGUAUUCCGAAAGUGGAGGGCCCAUGAAAUUUCAAAAUACAUCGAUGCGUUUCAUUGCCACUAAAAGGGGUUCGUAUCCUGUAUUUGAUAUUUCCAGUGGGGGAUAUGUUGAAGUGGAUGACAAUACAACUAUUCAAUGCAGUAAAGGAAGUCAACUUUUGCUUGAAAAUACAACACACUUCUCGCUUGCUGAGGAGGGACAGAAGAACAAUUUUUGCAAGAUUAAUGUUACGAGUUUGAAAUUUUCAUGCAAGUCGUGCUCUCCAGGUUACUACAGCCUCCAAAGAGGGAGCAUGCGUGGUUUAACUCUUAAUGGCUCCGUUCAGUGUUUACCAUGUCCAUUUGGAGCCACUUGCAUUCAUAGUAACAUAGCUGCAAAACCAAAUUUCUGGGGCCAACAGACUUCGGAACACCCACAGUCACUUCAUUUUAUUGCCUGUCCCGACGAUUAUUGUCAAAGUCCAACCUCUGGUUCCAAAGACUAUAACAGUUGUCAGGGGAAACGAACUGGUAUCCUCUGCGGAGCCUGUGCUCCGGGUUAUAGUGAGUCCCUGCUUUCUACUGAAUGCCUUCCACCCGAUAAGUGCAGCGAUAAGUGGUUGUGGAUCUUAACGUUUUUCGCAAUAACUGGAUUUGCUAUUUAUCUUUUAACCAAACCACCAGUCCUGAAAUUUCUUGGAAGGCAAAUAUUAUGGUGUAAAAGAAAAGAUCAGCAUCAAGUCGGCCAGGACUUGGGUCAAGUUGAAGAACACUUUGACAGCGGCUAUCUUAAGAUUGCGUUCUAUUUCUAUCAAGUUGCAGAGUUAUUGACAGUUGGCUCAACAGACGACUUGGUCCAUAAAAUACCGUUUAUUCCUGCCAUGGUAGCAAGUUUUAAUUUUCGAAUUCAUGCGUUCAAAGAAAGAAUGAGAUGUCCUUUUGCUGGGCUUACAGUAGUUACAAAAGAGUUGUUGCUGUCUGGAACAGUUUUUGCCACAAUGGCCGAUGUUGUAAUAAUCUACUUCAUGCAUUUGUGUUUCAACAUCGCAAGGAAUAAAGCAAUACCGUCUCCAGAACGUUACAUAGCUGUAAUCAUCGAAGUAAUGUUGUUUGGAUAUGAGCGAUUGGUAGAAACAUCGUUUAAGCUCAUGGAUUGCGUUCCUAUUGGCCCUGAAGAGAAGCGUCUUUUCUUCGAUGGAAACGUUAUAUGCUGGCAAUGGUGGCAAUACACACUAUUGGCUUAUACCGCAGUUUUCGUGGUCCCCUUUAUUUUCGUCCUAUAUUUUGGCUCUUCUAAGGUUUACAGAGCAUCGAUUUCGGCGACAGAGUUUCUCUGUGCUUGCAUUUUACCGUUGCCAUUUUUAAUUUACUGGUUAAUAAAAGGUGUGCUGAUAAACAGAGAGCAACGUGGUACAACAAUCGCAAGUGUGCAGCUUGUGAACCAGCACGUGCUUGAAGUACUAAUCGGUCCAUUUCGUCCACCAAACGGUGAAGAUAAAGGAACUCUAUACUGGGAGAGCAUCUUAAUUGGCCGACGUUUCAUUUUUCUUGCAUGCCACGCGUUAUUUGACGAUGCAAUGUUGUGCAGGGUUGUGAUGACGUUUGCUUGCGUCCUCAUGCUACUCCACCACGUCUGGAAGAAUCCAUACCGCGAUCCAAUCGCCAACGGUACUGAAACAGUUUCUCUUCUGCUUUUAGUGAUGAUCGCAUUAAUCAAUCUAACAAAGGCAACUCUCGUUUCGUUUGGGACAACCCCAGAAGGACCGAGCAAGUCUUACAUACAUGCUAUGGACUGGGUUCAGAUCUUGGCCUUGACAUUUCUUCCAAUGUUGCUUUCCCUUUGUGUGGUUUUAGCCAUUUUGUCUCAGCUAUUUCGAUUAAUGGUGUUAUUGGCAAUACAUACUCGUUGCUGUCUACAGAUGGCUUGUACAUCCUUGUGGACAACAGAAGAACUGAGGCCACUAAUAGUUAGACGUUAAAAGCAGUGGCGCCGCACCAAAUAAUUAUUUGUAGUGAACAAAGUUAGCUUAAGGUUGAAGGAAUCCUCGAAGCAAUAGUUACUUAAGUGGAUAACCGCCGAAGAGGUAUCACAGCGUUAAGGAAAAAAGGGAAACGAGCAUGGCUGAACUCUAGAAUGACAAGGAUAAGCUAGACUACCCGUAACGUAUGGAGCACUGUGUUUCAGGUCGCGAACUCAAGCUAGACGUUGGAGUUGCCUCAGUUAGUCUCUUGGAUGGCCUGACAAAAAAGGCUCUCAAAGAGAUCUUUCCAUGUCAUUUUCUAUCUUAAAGUAAUAAAAAACUAAGAAGGAUAAAUGAGUAUGGAAAUAAACGCAUGAAAUAUUGGCACUGUCUGUUUUUAUGACAACGAAUACUGAGUACUAGUUUGGCAAAUGCUAGAACUCCAGCUGAAGAUGUAUUAUCAAAUCAAUUUACUAAAUCUGCAGUUAUACCUGAACAACCCAAGAUAAACAGCACUAAAAAUUUACACCCGCAGCCAGUAAAAAUCAAAAUGAAAAAAAAAAAAAAAAAAAAAGAGAGAGAUUUACAUAGAUUGUUAAUGGAGGCAACUUCUACUUUGUUUGGCACUGGGCUCGAUGGACUGUUUUGUAAAAAGCUAAUCACUGGGUGGAGUGAUUUUUUUAAACGAGUUUUUUUCUGUUUUCUCAGUGCUUUCGAUUGACAUUAUUUAUUGUUCUCGUUGCAGCGGUUAUCAAUCACACGCGGUUAUCAAUCACUCGCGACCUUAUAUUUAAUGCCGAUGUAUUGAGUGAGCAAGCCGUACAUACCGAAAGUAAAAUGAUAAUUUUUACGAG